CCACCAUGAAAUCAACACCUACUACAUCCUCCGCCCGCCUCCAAAACGACUUUGGAGCUGAUCUAUGGGUGAAGAAUCGUCCUAAGCAUCACCCCACAGCAGGCCGCGGCCUCUUCGCCGGCCUCCAAGAUACCAAAAACUACAAUGUGGAAUCAGGCUGGGCGAAGCGCAGUAAUGCGGAAAGUCAGGGGUUUUUGGGGGGGUUGUUGAGUCGGUUUAUUGGGGGAUCUUAUAAGCCUCCUACUGAGUAGGGUACCUACUGAGUAGAGGGUAUUGAUGGAUAUGAUGGGGUAUAGGGUAUGGGUUAUGGUUAUGAUGGGUUGGUUUGUGUUUGGUGUUUGGG